AAAGUUGUGGGUAGCCAUCCUCCCACCCAUAUCCUUUCAGCUCUGGAGCACUUGGCCCGUCAGAACACAAUGAAGCUACAGGAGGUGACGGACAAGAUCAACAUCUCCCAAGAUGUGGCUGCCCUCAAGUUCCGUUACGACAGCCCACACCUGCAAGAUGUCUCGGGUUCUGGAGACAAGCUACCUUCUGUCCGGGUUCUUAUACAGGAGGGCUGGAGCAAGUGUGAGGUGCUGUGUGUGCAGCAGGUUCCCCUGCAUGCUGAAGAGAAAGGCCUACUGGCACGUCUCGAAGCCCUAGUUAAGGAGAUGCACAGUCUCCUGUCUGACGGAUCAGAGCGCUCCAUCCUGGCCAGGACGGUCUUUGAGCUGGAGCUCCGGGCGGUGAGGUUGCGAGGAUACAGGGAUGGGCUGCUUCAGGGGUGCCAGGAAUUGGAAGAAGCUGUGAAGGCCCGCUACGCCGAACUGCAGAACUUGCAAGCCAAACGCCAGCGCAUCUUGGACUUCCGCCAUUUGGUGAAUGAGAAACAGCAGCAUAUUCGGGCCCUUAUCAAAGGGACUUCGUUUCUCAAAUCCCAGCUUCGCAAGAACCAGGCUGAGGUCUCACAUCCCAGCCCACAAACUUUCCAUUCAUCGCUUAAGCCGGACGGCACCUUCUGAAAACCGGGCCUUUCUCAACGUAUGCAACGGAGUUAGCUUUCCCCUUUAUAAGGCUCCUGAACAGCUCCUCUUCCACCUGGUGGAGCUGAAGAAGAUGCUGGCUUACCUGCGUGUCCAGCUGAGCUCCAAGCAAAGAGCUUUGGGAAGCCUGCAAUACCAGCUGGAGAGUGUCCCAGAGCCCGAUGUGCCAGGUGGGAGCAGCCAGGACAGUUUGUUCUUCCUCACGAGCGCCGCUACGGCUUCACUUUGCAACAGUGGCUGGAGCGUUGGACCUUGGCUGCCAAGAACCUGCAGCAACAGCAGAUGUGGCUGUGAUGAACUUCUGGGUAUCAGCCAGAGAAGCCGGACGGUGUUCGUGGCUCGCAAGAUGCAGCACCCCAGGAGACAGUGCAGUUAUGCCCAUGCUUCCAUCUGGCUGCUGAAAGGCGGCUCUUAAUUUCACGCAAGGGGGUACGCAGUUUACUGUGCCUCACCUCCCUCCCUCUCCACCCUGUUCUUCAAGGGAGGAUGUAACGUUGAAGGUUCAUCUCAACAAGUAGCACCUGUGUAUUUUCCAAGGAUUUGAAAUAAAUAUGAAGUACAUCUUCA